AUUCAUUUCCUCUCUACAGUGAACCAGCAUGUUCACACCCUCUCUCGCCUCAGCCUUCAUGCACUGUGUGUGCAUCUGAGGAAAUCAACGUCAGUUAUACCGGUUUGGCAGAGAAGACUAAACGAUCAUUGCUGUCAAUGGGAGCUGCAGUGUAGAUUGUGGACUUCGAUUUACAUCUUGAAGCAAACAGGGAUAGAAGCAAAGAUUUUGCAACCUUCCUUGGGCCACCUCGUGUGUGUCUGCUUGUACCAAGCUGUGUAUGGCAAUGCGGCGGGUAACGGUGCCAUUGGUCGCCGGACUGGUCGUGGUGGUGGUGUUGUCGCUGCUGGCUGAACACUGUUGGGCGGAUGGUGGGGGCCUUGCUGAACGAGUUAUCUGGGCAGUGAACGCUGGCGGGGAAGCUCACACAGACAUGCAUGGCAUUCAUUUCAAGAAGGAUCCAUUGGAAGGAAAGCUUGGGAAAGCUUCAGAUUAUGGAGUGCGUCUGCCCAUAUUGCGCUCUAGUCCCGAGGACCAGAUUCUCUACCAGACAGAACGCUACAAUGAGGAUACUUUUGGCUAUGAGGUGCCAAUUCGUGAGGAAGGAGACUAUAUACUUGUCUUGAAGUAUGCAGAGGUCUACUUUGCUCAGUCUCAGCAGAAGGUAUUUGACGUGCGUCUUAAUGACCAUGUGGUAGUGAAAGAUCUGGAUAUCUUUGAGCGGGUGGGUCACAGUACAGCUCAUGACGAGAUUGUGCCCUUCUCCAUACGCCGCGGUAAACUGAGUGUUCAGGGUGAGGUGUCCACCUUCAACGGCAAGCUCACUGUGGAGUUUGUCAAGGGUUAUUACGACAACCCCAAGGUCUGUGCUCUGUAUGUGAUGAAGGGGACAUUAGAUGAUGUACCAAAACUUCAGCCUCACCCUGGACUGGAGAAACGUGAAGAACUUGAGGAGGAGGAGGAAGAGGAGUCUGAGGCAGGAGAGGAGGGUGGUAAGAAGAGUACCUCGACAGCUCCCAAGUACAGGGUCCAGUCAGGCCCCAGAACACCAAACCCGUAUGCGGCCGACAAUAGCAGCCUCAUGUUCCCUAUCCUGGUGGCAUUCGGGGUGUUCAUCCCUACACUCUUCUGCCUCUGUCGGCUGUGAGAAUGUAAAAUAGAGGGGGAAAUGGAACAUGAUGGACAAGAGACUGAAGGGGGGGGGGGGGGGGGGGGGGGAUAAGGAAGAGACACAAGGAAAGUCUAGGCAAAUAGACAGGUGUGAGCACGAGAGCCAAUGGCGUUAAGUGGACAAAAAAGAGACAACCAAUUUGGAAUGCAGUGCAGGUGACAGAAUAAAAUGCCUUCCUCACUAACUUUAAGGUCACACAGAUAAAAGGGGAUGGAGAUAGUGAGUUUGUGUAUUGUACAUCUUACACACAUUUCCACCAUGUUGCAAAUUACCACAUCACAAAGACAUGAUCUUGCAUGAGACAGGAUUGACCACUUUCGAACCAGGUUUGUCUUGUCUUGUAGGAUGAGGCUGGGACUAUACAGAGGGGUGCUGAAAUGUGAUUGGCUGUCCCUCUUUAUAGAUGAGUAUGGCUUUGGAUGAGGUGUGGCUUGAAGUGAAUGCAGAUAGGCUGCUAUGGUGAUCAACAAAAGUCAGGCCUAGUAUUUAGUCAGAUGAUACAGGAGAUAAUAUCCAGAAAAUCUAUUGAUUCUUACAAAUUUGGAAAUUGGAAGUUUUAGUGAAUGUAUGUUUGGUGGAGAUUGGAGGGGACAGUGGGAGACGAUUGCCAAUUUGGCCAAUUAGGCAUUUGAAUGUUUUUGCUUGCUCUUUUUUUACUUUCUUUUUGGGUUUGAUUAUCACCAAACUUGCUAGUGUUGUAAAGCUACAAUUUAUUUGAGCUUUUGAUACAAAGCUGUGCCAUAAUUUGUUGAGAAACAACAUGCUAAUAAUUUCAACAAGUCUGUACUGUUACAGCCUCAGUCUAUUCUAUGGAGUAGAAUUGAUGUUUCAUGUGUUUGAAAAGAAGGCCUAUUGUGAUUUCACAUCUAAGGUGGAUUUCACAAUUACGUUGCAUAAUGUGUUUAAAAAUGCAUGUGUACCUCCAUGGGACUAUACCAUGCUGUGCUGUUUCAUAUAACAACGCAAGUUUCCUCAAAUGUGGUCACAGGUAAGAAGUCUACUUGUUGUGCUGGCAUGCAUAACUGUCUGUACUAGCAGGUACCUUUUGAGACAGCUAGACUAUAGAGUUAUCAGAAAUUGCAGGGCUUGACAUUUAACAUGUUCAGCCACUUGUCUUCCAGUGCUUGAAAUUAAGGGUGUCCUGUUGUCCCUGGGACAAUAAAUGUCUACGGUUCAAAACAGACAAAAAAAAGCAAUGAGGCUGAUACAACAGAUCAGACCGUUUAGCUUAAAAUGUUGAUUAAGUAUUAUUUCUUCAUAUUCUAUGCUCAACAAUGUGCACAUGGCUGUGCUAUCUGGGAAGGUUCCAAAAUGCAAUUAGCGGGAAAACAGUUGCCAAAAGUGCACUGCACGUGUGAGUGGUUUCAUGUGACAGAGAUAAAAAAUAUCUGUUAGAAAUUAAGAAAGGGGGGAGAUCUAAAGAUGCAUCAACUAGCAUGGGUUACUUAUACGACUAGGAUUAUGCCUUUGGUGCUCGACAAUAAAAUAUAAAUGUGAAAACCAAUAGAACAUUUGGCAUGUUAGGUGUUUAAAAUAAUUACUUCAACAUUUCUAUGGUUGUAUUUUGGCUAGGCUACUUUUAAACAAGGUAAGCCAUGCUUCAUAAAAUAACAUAACAUCCAGGUUUUAUACAAGUUUAUAGUUAAAAUGCUGACCACCUCUGCUCAGAUUCAAGGUGGGUGUGGUGCGCAACAGGCACUGUCUCCGGUCUUGUGACCAUUUGAUCUGAACAAAACAUGCCUCAAGCCUUUAAACGUUGACUGGUGUUUGCCUAUAUUUAUGUAAUUAACAGUCUCAUUAAAGUUUAGCUACAUUUUACGGAGCCUCCCUCAUGUCAGCAUCGGUUUGGACAUGAAGCUGCAGCCAAUAUGCAUAUCACCUAGACUUUGACAUGUAGGCUUUUUUUAUUUAUGUACAUGAAAAAUAGAUUUAAAUGUUAUUCCAAUGUUGGCCCCUCUGAUUUAAUUCUGAUCUGAGUAAUUGUUUUGAUAUUGUGCAACAAAAAAAACAUUUACUUGUCCAUUCAGACAACUCCAAAUCUAUAUUAUUCUUCUCUACCUUUUUUAUUUUUUUUGUACAAUAAAAAAAAAAAAACUUGUCCCGGACAAGAGGACAAGCCUUAAUGUUCGAGCCCUGGAGAGUUUGAAUCCUUUGAGGGUUUACAUGGCAUUUAAUCACAUUGAUGAAACCCUCUAACUUGUAUGUGUUUUCCACUUAACGGUACAUUAGCUUGGUUUGCAUCUGGUGAAAGGCCACCUCUGAAAGGUUAUCUGAAAUAGUACAGAGUGAUUUAGUUAGUUACUUUGCCAACAUUGAGGGACCUGGUAAUUAAACUAAUUCCCAAGCAAGUGGGACAGGUCCCAAAUCAGUAACAUGUCUGAAUUGUCACAGAGGUGCAUGUAGUGUAGUCCUUUGUCAUUGUCACUGCCUUUUCCAUUCAUGGCUGUGCAUGUCUUCUUUUGAUUCACCAAAGUGUUUUGUGUUGUAGAAUUUUGUUCUAUAAAACUCCCAGUAAUCCUCUGUUCAUAACACUGAUUGAUAUAAUUUCAUUUUUUAACUCACAAUGUUGGUGCUGGAGUGAUGAUUAAGUACUAGGUCAAGAUAUAACGUGAACAUCAGAAGUUAUCCCAAUACAGUGUGUCAUUAGAAUGAAUAACCGGAAGGGCCUACGCAUUUUUUGUUGUAUUUAUUUACUAUUUAUGUAAAGUCCUCAUGGAAAAACUGCUGGAUUCUUUUAGUAUAUUGGAAUAUAAAUGUAGGACUUACGUGUGUGUGUGUGUGUGUGUGUGUGUGUGUGUGUGUGUGUGUGUGUGUGUGUGUGUCAGCUAUCCAUAGCUACACAGCUACAUAGAAGGUUAGAAAGUGAGCGGUGUUGGAAAGAACUAGUUGUGUUACACAACUUUUACUAAGGCCAACCAAGAUUGUCAGUGGUAUCCUAAAUUGAAACUGGCUUUGAGUAGAAAGCUUAAGAGCAGCCUUCUUAACAAUUAUUAUAUUGCAUUAAAUUGUGAUUCUUUUCCCAGAGAAAAGUGUUUCUAAAAGCCAGCUCCCCAAAUUAGUUUGAAAAGUGUGCAAUCAGUCAAAUCAACAUGCUGUAUAAACAGUGGGCUUGCACCAGUCUUAAUGAUCUAUAUUUACCUUGCACAUGUGAGUAUCUAUAGAUGUGUGUACAUGUUUCACUAUUGGGAAUAUUUUCCCUCUUUCCCAUCUCUCCAUGAAAUAAUAUUUUAAGUUUAGGCCAGUUUAUUAUUAUUAUUUUUGUCUGAUUCCUUUCUGAAGCUGUUUUUUAAAAACUUGCCUUAAAGUGGACCGCAGCAUUUUGUUAUUACUAAUCUCUAAGGUGUUCCACGGACAUAUCCAUAUGUCCUUCAAUACAGUUAGCCUGGAAGUCAGUAGCUGCAUGUUUGCAUUGUUUUUGUGUUUAUCUAACUGCCUCUGUAUCAGGAACAAAGCUCUUUCCAUGAGGGAAAAAUCUUUUACCAAGCCUAUUACACUUGCCUCUCCACACUUGUCAUUGGUUUUAUACUUGCUGAAUACUUGACAAAUAGAUGAUCCAGGUGUUAUAAAUUCUCUCUCACUCUUGUAGUUUCCCCCUCUGUUCCAUGCUGCUGGAAAAAAAUCAAGGGAGAGGUUACAAUACUUGGUCAGCUGAUAGUUGUUUGAUUUGUUUUGUAUAAAAAAUACAUUUACAAAAAGAAACAGUAUCUAAGAGAGAAGCACCUUUGUUACUUAUUUGAAAAAAUGAAAAAAGUUUAUUUAAUUCAGUACCAAAGUUACAAUCUUUUGUUGGCUAAUUGAAAUCGCUACACAGUUGCGUGUGUAUAUACUGUAAGGUACAAUAUCACACUUAUUGUAGUGUGACAGCGGUUAUUUUCUAAUCUAAAUAUUGUUACUAUUGAGGUGUUUUUAAUAGUUAAUUUUAAAGAAGAUUGGCAUUUCUGCUGGGGAUAAGUUACAGCGGUGGCACUGUAGAAAAGAAAAGGUCUUGACUGACCACACUGACUGUCAGGAAGAGAGGAGAUUGAUGAAGCAUGGACAUUUUUACAUGUAUAGUUUAAGAAAGGGGUUUAAUCUGAGAUAUUUACUUAAUGACUAAAGGAUUUGUAGCUUUUUAUUCUUUCUCAGGAUCUGUUUUGUUUGACUUUUUACCAGGAUGUUUUAGUGGUGUGACAACUUGGUUUAUUUUCAAAGCAUUUGUCUGUCAUUUGUUGUGUGUACAUUUUAUUUUAAUUGAAUCCCUGUUGCCUUGAAUUUGAAUACAGUUGUGCAUUAUCAUUGUCAGCUUUGAGGUUCCUUUUUUUUGGUGUGCUUUCGAUUACUUCAUUGGAUGUUUUAUUUUUUUAUUUGAUUUUGCCCACCAAAGUCCUAGUGUGCAAAAAUCCUAACCUUACUUGAGCUCACCUAAGAUAAGAACCAAAUACUUGCUACACCACUCUCCCAUUAGCCCUACUGAGGUGCAGACGGAACAACCAUACACUCUUAUGAAUCACAAUGAGGGUAUGAAUUGAUUAGUGUGAAUGUGAAAGAAAGCGAUCAAUGUCAAUAAGGAGUCCUACUCUACUUAUUGAUUUCUCCCACCCCAUGAGGGCUUCAUGCAGCAGGUGGACUGAUGGAGUCCUUUGAGAUGCCCCCUCCAUACUCAGUUGUGGCUCUACAAAUAACAUCUAAGUGGGAACUGCUGAUAAAUGCUGUCUCUUUUUUAAAUAAAUGUGCUAUUUUAUCUAA